AGUCAGGCAGUACGCCGGGCGCCUCGCUGGGGCCAGGCUGCUGGAGGAAAAGUCCUAUGCCCGCUGCCCCCACAGGAAGCACUUUCUUCGUUCGUCCUUUUCAUCUCAAGAUGGUGGCUUUCCGGGCAGUUGGCGGCCUCAGCCGCUUCAGUGAGUCCAGGGAGCUGAGCUCUUCAGCUCUUCUCAAGAAAUUUGCAUCAUGCCGCUGAAGAAGGCACUUGAGGACGGCUUCACUGAGCCAUGGCCUGUGCGACUGCCUCCAUGCUCCUCCUGGCCAUGACUCUGUCCAAGGUCGGUCACCAAUUGCCUGAGCAGCCCAACCUGUGAGUAAUCCUGGAGUGAAGACAGGGGUAUUCAAGCGGCGAUGGCAGUGGUCUCUCAGUAUGAAGGGCAGCAAGGGACAGAGUCAGGCUGGAGGGGAAUCUGGGAAGCAACUAGACCAAGAGAGUGGAGCAGGUGACUCAGUCCUGGUCUCGGUCCAUGUAGAGCUGGACUUUGCAAAUGAGGCCUGGCUACUGGCACUCUCCAGAACCCCGACUCUCCCCACCGCCUUGGCCUCUUCUCCAUCAAGAACUCUGACUAGCCUCAGCCUCAUGACAGUCCCCAGAACCCUGCUCCUGAACUCCUGGCUACAGAUGCCUGGCAACACGCUGAACCUGACCUUCCUCACCAGCCAUGAGACCACCGACCUGAACUGGCUCCUGUGGCGCACAGGGAACUCCAGCCCUGUCCUCCUGCAGCCAGGGUCCCGGGUGUCCCUGACCUCUCAUCCAGGCCAGGUGGUCCUCAGCAUCUUCAACAUCUCUCAUGAGUGGGCAGGGGAGUACCAGUGCUGCUUUGAGGCCCAGGGAUUCAGGUGGGAGCUGUACCACGUGGUGAGAGUGCCCCUGCAGGCAACAGAUGUGGCUCGGCUUCCAGACCAGCUGUCCAUCUCCUGUGCCACGUCUCCCGGCUUCCAGCUGAGCUGCUGUGUUCCCAGCACACACCCCACCUACGUGGUGUCCUGGAGCCCCGGAGAAGGCAGCAAAGCUUCCUUACUCAACACGUCAGGCCACCAGUGUCUUGUGCUGCACAUUUUGCACUGCCCGGCAGCUGACACCACGUACACUUGUGACCUGCAGAGCCCAGGACUAACCCCUCUCAGGGUCCCUGUCUCUGUCACCAUCAUCCAGGAUGGAGACACCACUUGCCCCGAGGACUCCUCAGCUACUGCCUGGAAUGUCACCAAGGCUGGUCAUGUGGCACAGGCCCCGUGUCCCGUGAACAGGACGGGCAUGGUGAAGAGGACCUGUGGGCCCAGCGGGGCCUGGGGACCCACCCACAGCAGCUGCACAGACACGGGGCUCCUGGCCUUGCUUCAUAGAGCCCAGCUGCUGCGGGCAGGCCAGGGCUGGCCUGCUGAUGAGGUGCCACAGAUCCUGGCACAGCUGCAGGAGCAGGUGAUGGCAGUGGACUCGCCCUCAGAUUUAUUGGCGCUGCUGGGCACCAUGACACUUGUGGCCAAGGUGGUGGUGGAUGCCAGAGUACAGCUUAACUACAGUGCCGUGGAGGCUCUCCUGAGAACCACAGACAAGGUCCUAGACAUGGACAGCAGUUCUCUGUGGACCCCAGUCCAGGCCCAGAGGCCCUCGGUGGGCUCAGAUCUUCUGCUGGCUCUGGAGACCCUGGCACGCAGCCUGUGCCCACAGGAUCACCCCUUCUCCUUCAGCCUGUCCAACGUGCAGCUGCAGACCCAGCUCCUGGGACCCACAUUUCCUGCUGACUACAGAGUCUCCUUCUCCACUCAGCCCCCUCUGGACAUACAGAUUCCCGGGUGCUCACUGGCCCCACUGGGCCGUGUUGGAACCAACAUCAGUAUUACUAGCCUGAUGCUGCAGAAACUAGACCGCCUUCUACCCUCAAACUAUGGACAAGGGCUAGGGGACUCCUUCUAUGCCACUCCUGGACUGCUAUUCGCCAUCUCCAUCAUGGCAGGUGGCCAGGCCUUCAAUCAGGGAGAAGUCAUCAUGGACUUUGGAGACACAGAUGGCACCCCCCACUGUGUCUUCUGGGACCAUGAUCUCUUCCGGGGCAAGGGGGGCUGGUCAGAUGAAGGGUGCCAGGUGCAGGCAGCCAGUACCAGCCCCACCACUCAGUGCAUCUGUCGGCACCUCACUGCCUUUUCCAUCCUCAUGUCCCAGUACACUGUUCCAGAAAACCCCACACUGGAGCUGCUGACCCAGGUGGGCUUGGGAGCCUCCAUUUUGGCACUGCUUGUGUGCCUGGGUGUGUACAGGCUGGUAUGGAGAGUUGUGGUCUGGAACAAAGUUGCCUACCUACGUCACGUGGCCCUUCUCAACACGGUGCUCUGCCUGCUGGCUGCAGACACCUGCUUCCUGGGAACCCCACUGCUGCCUCCAGGGCCCCAAAGCCCACUCUGCCUGGCUGCUGCCUUCCUCUGCCAUUUCCUCUACCUGGCCACUUUUUUCUGGAUGCUGGCUCAGGCCCUGAUGUUGGCCCACCAGCUGCUCUUUGUCUUCCAUCAGCUGUCCAAGCACAGGGUGCUCUCCCUGAUGGUGGUCCUCGGCUACCUGUUUCCCAUGGGGUUUGCGGGAGUUGCCUUGGGCCUUUACCUACCCCGAGGGCAAUACCUGGGGGAGGGAGCAUGCUGGCUGGAUGGGAGGGGAGGGGCACUCUACACCUUCGUGGGGCCAGUGCUGGCUAUUUUGGGUGUCAACGGGCUGGUACUAAUUAUGGCUGUGCUGAAGUUGCUGAGACCAUCGCUGUCAGAAGGGCCCCAAGUGGAAAAGCGCCAUGCUCUUCUGGGGGUGAUCAAAGCCCUGCUCGUUCUCACACCCAUCUUCGGCCUCACCUGGGGGCUGGGCCUGGCUACUCUGUUAGAAGAAGUCUCCGUAGUCCCUCACUACACCUUCACGAUUCUCAACACCUCCCAGGGCGUCUUCAUCUUGUUCUUCGGCUGCCUCAUGGACAAGAAGGUACAGGAGGCUUUACUCAAACGCUUGUGCCACACCCAACCUCCCAACUCCACCAUCUCCCUGGGCACAAGUGACACCUGCAUCCCAGAACACAACAAAGAAAGAAGUGAAAAUGCCAGGUACAAAGAAAGGAUGACUUAACUGACAGGAAUUCUGAUGUUCCAAACGGAGGCGAAGGACAGAAAUUGGUUUGCUUCUUUUUAAAGUUUAGGAAAAGAUGAAAUUAAUAGAUCCCUAUUUCUUUAACCUUUAAAAAAAUAUUAACAUAACAUGAGAGUUUCAUGGACGUAGGCAUGCAGACCAAAAGUCACUGGUAAGAGCACAUUUGUUAAGAAUGUAUCAGACAUUUUAAAGUAGUCGGAGACACUGCAGACUGCCCAGAAUUCAGGAGAAAAGAUGACAAAUGCUGACAGUUAAAAGUAAAGGGACCAAGCUAUGACUACACGAAAAGAAGAAAUACUUAAGAAAAGCCUUUCGAGGACCCCAAGAUGUCCAGCUAAAUUAACUUACAGAAUCCACAAGAGGAUGACAACAGGAUUCUAGAAACCUUUUAGAUAAAUGAAAAUAUUCUGAGUGGGUCUUUGUUAAUUACAAAACUUAUGGAUAUUUUUAUAAAAUAGAAUGGGAACACGUUGUUGAAAUAAAGAUGUGUUACCACAUGCCACUGAAAACACUUCUCUUAGAAAAGCUAUACCUUCACUUAAACCAUUUGUGUGAUAUUUUAAUUACACAUAAACUGGCCCAAGUAUUUCUCUACAUGGUUUCAAUCAAGAAGUUACCAACUCACCGGGCAACAGCAAUGUUUCUAUGCCUUCCUCGUACUUGUUCCAGCCCCGAGGUGUGCCAAGCAGCUGCUGAAACAGUGGGGACUGUGCCUUGCUGGUUUUCUUGACAACACAGUCACAUUGCAAUUUCACUUCCUUAUUUAGUCUCAAUAUUUUAAACUAUAAAAUUAUUUUUGAACAAUUCAAAUAAUGCACUUGUACUUUAGAAGCAGCAUAGACUGCUUUUCUGAAUAUGCUUUUUUAUAAAAAUGUGUUCUCAUUUUCCUUCUCAACUGUGAGCACAUAAUCAAUGCAUGCUCUGCAGCAAAAAUACUUUAGAAUUGAUAAAUGGAAUAAUAUUAAGCCUUUGUUCACUUGGCUGUCUACAUAAAGAAAAAGGACUAUAAAAGGAGGCUAUAGAGGCAAAUACAAGAAAGUGAGACUGAGCAGUGAUUCCAUUUCUAAACAGAUGGCUGAAAGAAAUAAGUAGGCAAGUGAACAGAUAAAUGGAUAAAGAAUAUGCAUUCCAUGUUUACACCCUUAAAAUAGAUGCACUUAAUAACAAGUUACAGUAACAACACAAAGGAAUGCUAUGUGGUCGUUAAAAAUUAUGUAUAGCUACACCUACUAAUAUGGAAAAAUGUUUUGGCUCUAUUGCCAGUAACAUUCAUAGUCCUAAGCAACAUUCACAGAAAUGGUCACAAUUGAGACGCUUGCUUCAUUGAAGCACUAAGCAUAUAUGUUUAGUGCAUGCCGGUUGAGAAAAAACUGAGGAUUUUUAUUAUGUUGUUCAAAAAUUGUUAAUUCAUUUUCAUUUAAAUCCG